UAUUCAUAGAUCAUUCCGAAUUUGAUCCGGAACGAGGUGAAGAGCAGUUUCGAAAUCCAGACCAGGAAAUAUUCUCUCAUUCGCUAUGAAGUCAUUUCUCGUAAUUUUGGCUACCUUCCUUCUUGCCCAAUUCUCCGCCCUGCCGGGAUGCCAAGCAGCAACUGAUCCUCUCGUCGAAAAUAUCUUCGCAAAUUUAGAAAAACUCCGUCAAGAUGCCAUCGCCAGUGUGGACAGUACGGCUAAAACCGCUGCCGCUGGGGUGACGUCCACUGUCACGUCGGAAACUGCCAUUCUUAAAGAAAUUUUGGGCACCACCCUCAAUAAAAUUAAUGGAGUAAUGCAGAACGUGACCAAUUCUGCGGAUGAGCUUGGUCACGAUGCCGCCCUUGCGGUCGAGAAGGUGGGCAUGUUGGUCAACCAAACAGUCAAAGGUUUCCAGGAAGCAGGGGACGUUGCCCUAGCCGAAAUACGCGAAAUUGCUGACGAAUUUGUGACGCAAGUUAAUGCUAAUGUUAACAGCCAAAUUGUCAAACUUUACGAGGAUUUUCAAGCAUGCACAAACGUAUUGUGCAAGGUCGGCGUUAUUAGCAGAGCUAGCAGCAACAUACAAGAUUUGCAAAAAGGUCUCGUUGCAUUAUCAUUGGACGCACGUCAACAAAUGGCGGAAGUACUUUCGACCUUCUCAACCAAACUUAUAAAUCAGGUCAGCUCGACGGUCGUGGAAGGGACUACGAUUCUGAACGAGUUCCUCAACAGUGUGGCAAGCAAGGUUUUGGGAAUCCAAUAAUUUAUUAUUAUGGGCAAAAAUUAUGAUUUCGGACCACACAAUCUGACCAAUAUUCAUAAAGUUGAUGUAAUACAUACUUAUAAAUUUAGAAAUAUUUAAGUAGUUCAAAAUUUGUGUGGGUAUCAGGCGAAUUUAAUUGUCUUAUUUGUAGCAUGAUUUGGAGCAAAUAAAUAAAAACGUUGUGAAAUGUAUACAUA